UCACAAUAUUAUAUGCAGGUUCAGUUGAUCAUCUUGCUAGUAGGCAUGUUGUCCACUACUUUGGCUUCAACUAGUCUCUCUAGAAUUAGUCUUGUGUCGACCACCAUCUUCGAUGUGACAAAAUUUGGAGCUAAGGGAGAUGGGAAGUCCGACGACUCCCAGGCAUUUGUGAAGGCAUGGAAGGCAGCAUGCCAAGCGCAACGAAUCGGUAGGAGUAUAAUAGUCAUACCAGCAAGGAAGACGUUUUUGUUGAAGCCAGUUUCUUUCAGUGGCCCCUGCAAGCCCUCCCGUGUUUUUGUGCAGGUAUCAGGAAACAUUGUUGGUCCAGCAAAGAAAUCCGAUUGGAGUGGUUAUCAUCUCGAUUCAUGGCUUUCUUUUUCGAUGGUCAACGGUCUUACAGUGAGUGGUAAUGGACGAAUAGAUGGUCAAGGCCCCAUGUGGUGGAAAAAUGCCUGUGUUGGUAAUCCCCCACCAGGUACAACUUGCCAUGCUCCAGUUGCAUUAAUGUUUAAAAGAUGCAACAACCUGCGACUCAAUGGUUUAACACAUAUAAACAGUCCACGAGUGCAUAUCACAGUGACCACUUGUAAAGGUGUCAUCUUGUCUAAUCUGCACAUCAUUGCCCCCGAAACAAGCCCAAAUACUGAUGGCAUUAACAUAGCUAGCUCCACCAAUGUCAAUAUACGCGACUCCAUCAUUGGAACAGGUGACGAUUGUAUUGCUAUUAGUGGAGGUUCAUCUAAUAUCAAAAUUAGCGGGAUCAUGUGUGGGCCGGGCCAUGGAAUUAGCAUUGGGGCACUAGGGAAAGGAGGAGUUGAUGUGGUAGAAAAUAUACAGGUUCAAAACUGUACCAUGACAAAAACCUUGGCUGGAGUAAGGAUCAAAUCUUGGCAGGGAGGAAGGGGUUAUGCAAGAAAGAUUUCAUUUAAGGCCAUCAAGUUUGAUGCAGUGUAUAACCCUAUCAUGAUAGAUCAAUACUAUUGUCCCACCCAAAAGGACUGUAUAACCUCUACAUCAGCUGUGAAGAUAAGCGAUAUAUCGUUCAUUGGAAUCGCGGGGACAUCACAAAUGGACAAUGUGGUCAAUCUAAGUUGCAGUAAAAGUGUGGCAUGCACCAAUAUAGUAAUGGAUAGUGUGUAUAUCAGCUCAUCAGUAACUCCAAAAAGAAAGGUUUUUGGAACAUGUAUUAAUGCCCAUGGAAGAGUUAGCCAUGUGAAACCUUCUAUUAAUUGCCUCAAGCCUUAGAAGAAAUUCAUAGUUAAUUUAAUUUAUAGAUG